GUCAUUGUCUUUGAGCAUUUGAAUGGAUCACACAUCAAAAGAUUUCGCACCUUAAACAACUUGAGAAAUCCAGAAUUUUUGCAACAAUGUAAGGUAAGUACACUCAUGUAAUUAUUUUUUGCAGAAUUAUUUGAGAAAACCGCAAACAAACUCGAUGAACUAUCUGCUUCGUUUUCCCGUCUGUCACAACAACGGACCGCGUGUUGAGACAAAAGUGAACCAAAAUGCACUUAAAAGAUUUUUACGAAACCUUUGGCGUUUCAGGUCUUUUCGUUGGCUUCAUUUGAGUUUACUUUGAGCACAUUCGAGGCUGAAAUGUGCUUAAUUUUUUCUCACGUAAAUCGAGAAAUUCAUUGUCGCUAAAGGAACCAGUUGUUUCCGGUGAGAGAAAUAAAACGCAUUGAUCGUAGAAACAAUGCUUGGUUAAUCGAAUAUAUUACUUCAAAGUUAAGUCAUACAAUCAAUGUGCUGCAGCUGCAACCCGGGAAUUAAUCACACGAUGAAGAACGUGGCGAAAUGCACAGCAACUUCCGCUUAUAGAAGUCUUUCGCCGGCCAUGUCACCCUAGUUCUAUAAAAAUAGAUGUGCUCAAAGACAACGAAACUGAAUAAUGUUAUCAGCAUUUUGCGCCCGAAAAUGACUCAGACGUGGCUAAAGCCUUGAUUUACUUAGCGUUUAUUAAGUGAAAAUUUGAGAUUCAGUGUUCAAAGGAUUUAAUCGGUGUCAAAAGCAGUAAUUAUAUCAAAACUUUCAUGUAGAUUCAUAGCUCACGUGUUCAAACAUAAGCUCAUUGCAACGACGCUUUUUACCGAGAAGUUGUAAACUUCUUGAAAUCAUGUAAAAUCUGUGAAAGCCAAUUAAAUUUCUUAACUGUAUUAAAAAAGUAUUUUUGUUUUUAAACUUAAUUAAAACUGAAACGUCGACGAGAAAAAAUCCUUUCACACUUGUGUAGCAAUAUACACAACAGGAAAUACGUAAUCUGCUAGCAACUGAGUUACAAGUUUCGGUUCACUGAACGUGACGUCGUCUGUACCUUGGGUGUAGAUUUUUAUCGCAAAAUCAGCCAGUAACUUUCUCAGUGCUGCGUGGUUUUGACAUUAAAGGUAAAGGAAGAACAUGUAGAGCAUAAAUUUGAGGGAAAAAUUAACGAUCUAAGAGCUGAUGUCACAGCGAAAAUAUGUAUAUUGCAGGUGAAUAUACGUUCUGGUGGCGUGACCUUCCGCCGACGUAGACACGUCAAGGGGUAUUUAAGUUUAGCAGUGCAAUCUUAGUGUCAUGGAUAUUUAAGGACUUUUGUUUCCCAGUCGCUGCUCUUAGUGACGGAAGGAAGUUUAAGUCGACAACAUGUCGUUCCUUAGUCGUGCUCUAUCUGCCCAAAAUUUACCAAACUGUUUUUAAUUUUCCCUGGCUCUCGUGCACAAAAUUGCUCUUAGCAGACUGGUAUGUAAAUUUAGAAUGAUUUCUUCGAAAUUAUAGAAUUGCUCCCACCUUCUUCCUGUUUCUCCAACCCCGCCCCUCAAAACCCCCCACCCCGGGGCCUGUUUCUCGAAAGUCCCGGUAACUUUUGGCAGCGCAAAGCUGUUUUAUUUUUGCCUUGUUUGCACUGAAGAUCAACGUUUUUAAAGUUUUGAUACAAUGAAACUAUCAUUUAAAGAAAUAAAAUUGACUGGUUUGUGAGCUAGAAACCGUGUUAUAUUCAAAAGAUUUUGAUUUUAAAAUUUGCCUUCGGGCCCGCAAAGUUUCCGGGCCUUUUGAGAAAAAGGCCCCUGGAUUCCCGCCUUUCUCGUAGCACAGUCCUGUGCUGUGCUAUGUCAACCGAAAUUACACAGCUCAACGUCAUAUCCGACAUCUUUGGAUCACGCUGUUUCCGAUCAGCGAUAUCUUUCUUUUGUCGGAACUACACGGAAUUCAACAUCGUCUCUACUUUCUUGCUGAGAGAAAAAAUUAUUGUCUUCCUUUCUAUGAAUUUCACUUACAUCUUCCGUAGCGUGAUUCUAGCCAUCGCUUUUUAGUCCAAUAUAUUUUUAACAAUGAUAAAAGACCCUCAAUACUUUGCGUGGGUUGACGGUUCAGUCAGUCUAUAAUUCCCCUCAGGAAAAUGAUUCGUUUGGUUUAAGGUAAGCCUUCCGAAACUUCAAUUUUCAAGUUCUUUACUCUCCGGUUGUUGUGAAAGCGAGGAGGAGGAAAUCGUGAGCGUGCAAAUCCCUUUUAAAUCAGUAUGAUUUUCAAAUACUUGAUAUUAAAAACCCCCGUCUUCUUUGGCUUCUUUGCUGGUGGCCGUGGCAUAAGCUUCCUGAGUGAUAGCAACUCAAUGUACGGGAACCAGGCAAAAGCAGCAACAACAACGACAAGUGAUCUUUAUUAUACCAUCAGUAAGAUUUGUGCAGAAAAAUUAUCAACCACAAACCAUCAGCAUGGCUGGUAUCAUACAUUCAUCGAUUGUGACCUAUACUCUAGACACCGCUGCACCUGCUGAAGGUUAUUAUUAUUACAAUGUAUUACUGGUUUUUUGCCAAUCGCUUGAGUCAAAUCAGAGCUUUCGCUUUCUCUAAUUCUUAAGUGCCUUUCCGGCUUUUUUCUCAUAAUCACACAGGCAAUUUUAACUUCUUUUUGGCUUGAAGAAUUUAGGUUUUGUACAACCGAAUGUGAAAUGACGUUUCCGGCGAUCAGUUCCCUGGCCUCCGGUCAUUUUCGACUUCCGUCCGCCGUGUUUCCUUUUAGAGCAGCUAGCGAGAUCUUAAAACUGCCUAAAUUUUCGCUUCAGCAAUGUUUACGUGUCGCUGCUGCUUGCCGCCAACGUUUUUGGACUCCUUUUGAGAGUAAUCAUUAGGAAAAGGAACGAUUUCACCAGCCAGAAGCGAACCUGAGCAAUUAUUGUACUUUGUUCUCCCUCAUCGCAAGUUUACAGUGGCCUCGUUGGUCUGCCGUCAGCGUGAAAAUUAGAUAAUUUUAUGAUAAUUUUAAUGAGUUCCUUUCGACUCAGUGAUACAUCUAUAUGCCAUGCAGAAUUUUUGUGUACCUCAGUUGGGCCAGAACGUUUUUUUUUAUAAAGGCAGGUAUUUAUUUUAGACAUUUUUGCCGUAUUACUACGUAAUCAGGAGCGUAUCACCCUGGAAUUUCCGUCGGCUACUUAUAAGUGUCACACUGGGUCAGGCUUACUUUUAGUCGACUUUUUAACCUUCUUGUUCCCAGGGGAAAAGCCCUGUGAACGAGGUUGUCUACUUUUAGGUUCUGCUUUUAUUUUCCGCUCGCAAAAAUUUGCGUCGUCCACCGACGUCCGGAUAAUAAUUUAUGGCGGUUGAUCUUCUAGACAGCGCCUCUUUGGUCGUCACUGCCAAGGUUCUUCAGGACGUAGCACGCUAGCGGUCUCUCGGGGGCAGGUGUGGAGAGCGGAGAUAAGGGUAGGGGAAUUUUAAACCUCCUACCCAUCCCUGCUUCCGAGAGCUUGCUCGCUGUGCACUUCGCUGAUCUCAUCCGCCAUAGCUAGAAAUCCUGCUCUGAUUAGCUGGGGGUUUUUGGGUGGAAAAGCUGAACGCGCUGUAACUCAGUCCUUAUAUGAUAUGUCGACCCUUUGGCCAUGCAUGGAGUGAGUGGUUCUUGACGUAAUCCAAAGUGCUCAAAAGUAUGACUUCGACUGUCUGCGAAGUUUGCGAAAGGAGAUAAACCAUGUUUCAGAUUGCGACUGCUCAAAAACUGUGCUGAAACUUAGACUGCGAGCUGUCUCUCUUUUUUAAAAACUUUUCUUGGGAGGCACGUGUAACCAUGAUACGCCGGAGGGUCUCAAUGGGGUGGUGGCUUUGACGGUUGACGGUUAUUUCGUGGAAAUUUUGUCCAAGAGUUUUUGUACAUAUUUACUUCUGUAUAAAUUUAUAUUAACAGUUGUGGUUUGGAGGUUGUCUUGGCCUUUUACUUGUAAAAUUUCGAAAUAUUUUCAGAUAUAAGCAAGUACUAAGAUGUUGUAAUGUCUUGAAGGAGUGUUUUGAGAACGUGGGAACUGGUUUUCCGGUUUGGAGAUUGUUCAGGAGCCAGAGGUCCAUGAAGAUCAGCUGAAAUACUAAAAAAAAGCAAGAUUUGAAAUGCCUUGAAACUUUUUGACAGUUAAUACCAGUCGGCAUUUGUGAUGGCUGACGGUGAAAAAUAACUGACCUUUUUUGACAGCUGACGGUGAACCCCAUUGAGACCUUCGCAUACAUGUACACGCGUGUGGCGAACGUUGAAGCAAGCCGCGAGUCGCUAUAAUCAAGGGCGUUAUCAGGGGCCCUUUCCAUUUAGGCAAAAUUUCCGGUUGAAAAUUCCAGAAAUAUUCCGGGUCAAAUGGAAAGUCUUUGCAGCCAUAUAUAGAGCCACGUUUGCAAUCUAUUGCUUGCACUGUUCGCCCGUCACCACGUCCUUGGAGACUGUGUUUGAUAAACUCGCUGGCAAUGUUUUGGAAAUUUCUUUUUUGGUUGAUCUGCCAUUACAAAAUUCUUCCUUUUGUUUAGUGUUUUUGCCAGCUUGAGACAAGAAAAAUUUCGUGAAAAUCCUCCCAGCGUCCUAGCAUCGGACGUGCAUAUGCCAUUUUUCUAAAUGAGAAGAAAAGAAAUAAAAAGCAGAACUGCGACUACCUGUGAACAACGCUCACCGGCAAACGGUGGAAAUGGCGGGAAAAAUUCCAGGCGCAAGCUGCCUGCCAAAACAGGAUUGCGCGAAUAGAACGGGAAUUUGUGUUCCAACCCGUUGGAACGGGAAAAGUGGAAUAGCUCGGAAGAUUGCCCGUUUGUUCCGGAAAAUUUCCGGUCGUACCGCCCGUUCCGUUUGCAUUUAAACCAGUCGAAUUAGAAAUUUUGCUUACAUGGAAAGCGACCCGGUUGUUAUUUUUGUCGUAUCGUCUCAGUCCCUUUUAAUAACGUAGCUGUUUUGCAACCUCGUUCGCUAGGAAGAGAAUUCAACGGAUUUAAGGUGUUUCGAAACUGUUUUUCGGAGGCCAUACCGAUAGUUUUCAAUCGCCUUAAAUUGAUUUUUCCUGUUACGAUCGCCAUUCGCCAUGAUAUUUUCACCAGUAAGUGACUUCAAUCCAAAGUCGGUUUAGUGGUGAAAAUUUUAUGGCGAUCGUUAAAGCAGAUUGAAAAGUACCGGUGUGGUCUCCGAUAAACCGUUUGGAAACACCUUAAGAGAAAAGUUGGACGGCAAGCAGCCUAGCUGGAACUCUGGAACACACUAUUUGUCAUACGCGGCAGAGUUUAUUUCUAAUUUCCUCAGGAAGCGCUGCCAAAAAAUAUAUGUAAUAUACAGUGCGUAGAAAGAACUACAGGAAAAUAUGGCUAGAUGUUUUAGUUCAUUUUCACCUGAGCUAUCCGUGGCAAUAGAUAGCCGUUCACCGUAUCAAUAGGAAGCUUACAAUCCGAGAUCGAAAACGGCAAUGGCAGUGAAACGUCAUUGAAGAACUUCCGUUUGCUUUUUCUCAAACUUUUUCACGAUUAUUCGGGCCAAGUGAUCCAGUUAUAAAAGAUGCCGAGAAAUUAGGUUGGAGCUAAUAUAAAAGGAGGGGAUCCGGUGCGUCCGAGUUCAGACAGAUAGCGUAACAUUUAUCCCCUCUGAACUUGCUGUUCUCGCUCUCAAAUAAACCUGCUAAAAUGUGGUCAUUUGGACCUCGUAGUACGCAGCAGCGACGGCAAAGUAAUUUACAGAAAAGCGUGAUGAUGCACGUGCUGAGUUGUUGUUUUGCUCACCAAACCUUUUGGGCCAGUUCAGUUUAAACGGAGUUUAGCCACUGUUUAACAAAACCGCGUUCUACAGCUGGUUCUAAGUCGUUUUCAGUUUGUCCAACGCUUUUAUGGAAACACCAUUUAUCGUGAACAGUUUCAUGAUAUCAAAUGGCAUAGACUGGAAAAGUAUUUGUCUCCUCAAAAUAUCCCACUAAGGAAGAGAUCUUGAGGCCCAAACAUUUCCUAAACCGCGGUCUAAAUAACCGACCCUUUGUUUUUAAGACGUUUCCGUUGCCGUUACUGUUGUUGCUUUGUAAGGUUCCUUAUUUAAUAUAUUGUACAUUCUCAACAAGAAUAGAUCUUCAUCUUGUUUCCGUGUGUAAAAAUACAUUUUACGCUGAUAUUGGCGUUACACAGCUGACCAAACAGGAAGAAGACCCGCAAGUUCCUGUUAAAGAAAAAUUGGAACUUCCUGUAAUAUUUCUCGCUUGUCUUCUUUUCACUACCUUCCUUUUCGCAGGAGGAGUGUUUCUGUUGUUGACAUCCUUAUCUUACUGGGAACCCGAUAGCCUAGCUUCUCAGAAACGUGGACUGAAUUUUUUUGCAAAUCAUACUUAAGUGUACGGGUCCGGUAUUUCUUGAUGUAGUGCACUAUAUAUGUCUUAAGUGAAAGGUUUGUGGGGAAAUGUCAGCUGAUUUGUUUUUUAAGGUUUACAUUUUAGCGGACGCCAUUUUGAGGUGCAAAAUUUUUUUAAAAAACACUAACACUAUCAUUUAACUGAUCGCACUGCCAUGCGGGCACACCUGCAUUGCUUUGAUUCAGUCGCUUUUACGGGAGCAAGUAUUGCUUGACACGAAGAAACAUGUCUUGCUUCAAGGAAAACUUGCAUAGGAAAUGCGAAGACCUGACAAGUCUUUUGUUGUUUUCAAGGAAAACUUGUCGAAUCAUCUCAAAAACCGCGGGUUUCGAUGCAUUUUGUAUCCUUCUAAUGAUACCCUAUGUUCUCUGCUCUCUACGAUAUGGUUCGUCACUUAGGGUCGAGAAGGUCAAGGGAUAUUUUUUAGCCGAGCAAGUGCAUAUUCAAAUCAAUAACGACAUUUCGUUCUACAACAAAAAUUUGGAAACGACUUUUUAAUACUUACAGAAUUCUGUUAUAUCCUCAACAGCUCACCGGUGGUUUAUAAUCCAAGCGCAAUGCCAAAACGCAAGCGUGAACUUUUGAAUCAAUGUAAGGCGAGCCGCUCGCCAAAGGUACCGCGGGCUCUGAAGACAAAAAGUGAAGAGGAUCCUGUUUGCAUCUGGGUGCAGUGUGAGAGCGAACGCUGUAACAAAUGGCGACUUAUAUCAGCUGAGGAGGCUAAGGGACUGGAGGAAAGCAGCUCAUGGUACUGCUGGUUUAAUCGUGAUACUCGCUAUAACACAUGUUCAGCUGAAGAACAGAAGGUUAAAAAACCGAAGCAUAUGAAGUUCAUAUACAGUUUGCUACCCGAGGGGGAGGUGGUAACGGCUAAAAUGCACGGAUAUCCACCGUAAGUACUGCACCAUAUUUUUCAGUGUUCUCUCUCUGAUCAUGAACACUUCCGUAUUUCCCCGAAUUAUAGCCGUCCCUCGAUUAAUCGCCCUCCCUUUGAUGAAAAUAAAGAAAUCGCCUCCCUGGAAUAAUCGCCCCCCCUCCCCCACCCCUCUCGCCAUCUUCUCUUUAAAUUUCUUUUAUCCCCUCCCUGUCAAGUUAAAAAUUGAAUAGUUACAAAAGCACAGAUUUCGUUACAGUUUCCUCUAUGGUAAUGUUCAUGUAUUUCACUUUUUCCUUUAUUCCUUGCAUAAUGACUUUAAAAAUUAAUCAAGGAACUAAAAAUUUGGAACACUUUAUACACUGUUUUUUUUUUGUGACUAUUUUUUUAAAAUUUAAUGGGAUAAUAAAACAAAAGUAAUAUUUAAAAUAAGCGCCUCCCUCGAAUAAUGGACCCCUUUUGGUGCGAAAAGAAAAAAUCACGCCCGACUAUUAUUCAAGGAAAUACGUUAUGCUAAAAAUAACCGCUUUUAGAAAGUGCAAGCGUUUUUGCCACCAUACAUAAAACAUCCUCCAAGAAAGUAUUCGCUAUUUUAAUUUUUUGCGUGCGAGCUGCAGCCUGUUAUGAAAACUAAUUAACCUAUGGAAUCCAAAAGCAAUGUUUCCCGCCCUCUUGCACUUUAUUGAAUUCACCUACAGGUUACCGUGCCCCCCUUUUGGACCUAUGCUAUUCUUUUUUCCCGGUAAAUUAUCAACAAAUACUGUGAUUUAUUUCUUUGAAUAAUUGCUUCUACCCAUUACUAUUCAUUUAAAUACCUGGAGAGAUCGAAUUACUCAUUCAUAUUUAUUGAUUACAAUCUAGUUGGCCAGGUCUCUUAACAAGGGAUCCAACCUGCGGAGAGUACUACGACGCACCGCUGAUCAAAGAAGACGAAGUAACGCAUUAUCACGUGGAGUUCUUUGGCCGACCUCGUUCUCGUGCGUGGCUAGUGCCAGCUCUCGUGCAUCCACUUCGCUCCAUCAAUGAGAUUGAGAAAACGCCCAAGUUUCGGAAAAUUCAGGGACGCCAACUUAUGGAACUUAGAAAAUCCUAUGAGUUCGCCCUUAAAGAAGCAUACAACUCGUUAAGCAAGACUGCCGACCAGCGACUGGCAAGCUGUCAUUUUAAAUAUGUUGAAGGUUAGUUUAUUAGUGAUGGGUAUUGGGUCAAUAAUCUCUCCUUUCAGUCUCAGUGGUUGGCAUUACUCUAGUGAUAAACCAGGCCUUGAAGGGUAUUCUCCGACCACAGUUCCUAAAAAGGCCAAUAAGCGUUAAUCCAGGAUUAAAAUUUUGCUCCGUUUUUGUAUUUUACAUUCCUAUUCAUUGCUUAGUGUAACAUUUUGUGUUAUCAUUACUGUAUCUCGUAGUAAAGGCUCAACGGUAUUUUGUAACCUCGAGUUACAUGUUCUUAGACGAGAAAACCGUGCUUGAAAUUUGGCUUAAUCCUGGGUUAAACUUAACCAUCUUUCGAGGAACACGAAACGCAAAUACGGGAUCGUGGCACGAAAUGAGGUAUUGGGAAAGAAAACGGUGUUCGGGAUAGAGAUGACAGAAGUACGGGAUACGGGAUCUUAGCACGGGAUACGGUAUUGGGAAAGAAAACGGUGUUCGGGAUUGUUAUGACAGAAGUACGGGACACGGGAUUGCCGUGAUAAAGGAGCGGGAAUGCGCGAUCAGGAACCCCAUUCCAGACCUUGACAAACCCGGAGAUGCUCAAUCAAAUCUCAAACCGUAGACGUCCGUUGUUACAGCAAGGGCGCAACUGAGAUAACUACAUGUAUCCCAACGAUUUGUCUGAGGUUGUAGCUGUAUUAGGAGUCAAGUGUCUGAAGAAAAUCGCCGGAAAACUUUAAAAAUAUAUUCUGUUCUCCCAAAACGUGCCUUGAUCGUUAAAUACUGAAAGGAUCCGAAAAGGAUGGAUAGAAGAUACUUAUGCAUGGCUUUAACGGUUAAUUGCACAGGUGCCUAGACAAUGAAUCACGAUUGAUCAAGCGGUUUGAUUUUGAUUUUUUAUACUAAUAUUAUUCUCCGAUGUAUCCUUUUUUAAUAUUAACAGAGGAAGACAAACCGACGACAGAAGUUUCGACUGCGAAAACGCCGGUUGUAAGCGUGAAAGAAGGUAAAAUACUAAAAGGUUAGUAUAUAUUUCAAGCUUGAUGUGACUUAUCGCCUUCGCAAUAACUUAUUAAAUAGAUAUUAACCAUCAUAAAUGAUUGUCACCGUUAUUAUUUCAAUAGAAGAAGACAAACGAACAUCAGCGAAAGUUUCGUCUGAGCAAACUCCAGUCAUAAGAGAACAAGCAGUUAAAAUCCUCGAGCGAAGGAAUUCAGCAACAUCUCCAUUAAACUCUCCAACAAUACCCGUCAUGAUGAAGAAGCCAUGGUUAGGUGACAACGGAAGCGUAUCAUCAUUGGAUUGGAAGGUAUGUGGCAUGAUCAGCUGUACUGAGUGAUAGUGCGUUUGCCAUAAUAGGGUUCUAUCUAGGAUUUAUCGUUUGGGGGAGAAGUUCCGAGGGGCCGAAGGCGAGGAACUUCCAAGGAGGGGCUGGAGGCAUGCCCCCAGGAAAUUUUUGAAAUGAAUAUGCGCUGAGAUGUAAUCUGGUGCAUUUUUACACACAAUUUUGAGAAGUGUUACAGUGUGUGCACUGACCUCGUCGCGUCUGGAUGAUUUUUCCGAUAUAGUUACUUAUAUGCGUACUGUAAUGACAACAAUAUUUUUUUGGGGGGAAGCUUCUACUCCUCAAAUACCCUAGAUAGAACCCGGCAUAAGAUAAAGAAAGUUGAGCCUGAAUAUUAUCUGGCCUUCCCUUUCAGUUUUAGUUUAGGAGAGAGGCGAUUUGAGAUUUGAGGGUGGAGGGGGAAGAGAAAAAGGAAGGCGUUUCUUUCCGUUCGCUUUCUUAUUCCCCGUUUUCACUUCUUUUCUUGCUAUUUCUAACUCCUGAUACUAAGGCUAAAGAGGGUUAUUUACCAGAACUCUGCAGGGAAACGCAACGGCGAACCGGCCGCGGUUUGAGUUAUUCAAUUGAAUAUUCAAUUUGCUACGUUAAUAGAUGCUAGUCGGUUUACUGAUUUUUCAGCUCUUCAAUUUCUAGUAAGAGCCAGAAUUCGAGUUAUCAGGGUAAAUCUUGAUCAAUGGAAACGAACUUUUGUUCGAAUUAGUGGAAAAAUUCAAGUUGGAGUUAUUCGGUAAAAAAAUAACUGAAAAGUAGGGUCAAAUCUGAGGGAAAUAGGACUUAGUUCGAGUUAUCCGACUUUGAAUUACCGGGCUUCAACUGUAAUUCUCUUACAUACAUCAGGCGGCAGAAGAGGAGUCAACAGUUCUAACUCUGUUGAUACUAGAGUUUUUGGUCACAUUUUAAAGUACCAGGUUCAUUCUUGUAACACUAAUCGAGAGGAGGUGGCCGAAAUUGGUUCGGACGUGAGUGCUGAAGGCACGAACUUCUAAGAGGGCCAGAGAUUAUACCCUGCCUUCCCUUUCUCGAAAGCGUUUUUAAACUGGAAUCUCCGGAUUUCCAUUUCCCGGACCGGUCCUGGAAGACCGCACUGUCGUGGUUUCUCUGGGGGCUGCCGGUCCAUUACCCAGCAAUAUGUCGGUGGUGUCCAUGUUUGUAUGCGUGGGUGAAAAGAGAAGAGGUAAAGAAAAAAUUGCCUCUGGGAAUUACGUAGAACUACAGAUUAGAAGUUUCACGUGGUUUGAUAGAUAUAGGGCGCUAGUUUAAAGAGCGGCGCGCGAGAGGGAGAAACACACUAUCCUUUUAAAGUUUUUUUGACCGAUGAAACAUUGAUCCCGGCAGUAAAUACAAAAAGGAUUCCAAAAGAAAGCUUUUAUACGAAUGAUCAAUUUUUAUUUCAUCCUUGUCUGCAGGAGAACGAAUUCCUGGAAAGACUGGAAUCGUUUUCAGUGGAUCGUGGGGUGACGGUACCCAAACAACCUAUAUGGCGCGGCAAGCGGAUAAGUUUGUUUAAAUUUUACAACUUGGUCCUAAAACAUGGCGGAUUUGAAAAGGUAAGCUAAAUCUAAAAUGAAAUGUUAUAACGCAGUUUUUAAGUGAGCUGUGGAAGCAUAAAUUUUGCAGCUUUUUGGUUUGGUGUGUUGUGCGUCAUGAUUGCUUGAGAAAAUUCGCGCCACUUUUUCCGCCAAUCAGGAGUCAGUGUUUAUCGACGCAUAAAAGCGGCCUGGACGAUCUGCUUCCAGUUAAGCGAAAUUCAGGCUUUGUUAACACUAUAUCGGCCAACACCUACUGCACGAUGUUCGAUGUGUGUGAACGACUCGUUUCAGUUCUGUGUCGUGGCUGUUCAUACUAUAACCUUAUAGUGUGAACAUAGCCUCGACCAUAGCAACGCAAAAGCAAAGCAAUUAUGAAGUAACUUCGUGGAGAAACCGCUGUACCAUUGACGUUAAUUCUUUUUUUGCGGCAAAUUACAGGUAUGUCAGAGUAAACUAUGGGACAAAGUGUACAAUGAACUACUUGAUGCUGAUAUGUUAUAUGAAGGAACCAGCAGCUCUGCAAGGUUCUUCUAUCAAAAGUAAGUUAAUUUUAAAUUAUUUGAAGUGGUUUCUUGUGAGCAAUAUAGGUAAAUCGCUAAACAGUGAUAAUAUAUAUAAAUUAAAAAAUAUGUUGCCUUAUACACAGUAGAAUGAAAAAUGAAACUGAUAGCAUUCCAGAUAUUUCCUUGAUGUCCUGACUCCAGCAUCGCGUAUACACAAUCAUAAUACAAGAUUUGUCAGUAAUCUGAAUUAUUUUAGGCCAAGAGUAUCCACCAACUUAGGUAAGACGUCCUUUAAAUCCUCCGCUCCAAAAAGUUUAAGAAAGAAUGGAAGUCCUAUCUUCUAACCAACCGAAUCUGACCUUGCUUAUAUGUUCUAUCACUGAUAUUAUCUGAGAUUUUAUUCCUCUCUUUACCGCUCCCGAUUAUUUGAACAUGACGGUGUCCAACAAGAAAGCUCUUGCUACUUUGGAUACUGUACACAAAUGUACUUAAUGUCUUUUAGCUAAUUAUUAUUUGUCAGCUACUUUAUUUUCCUACCUACGUACACUUAUGUAAAUAUCUUAUAUAGUGUGAAAUAAAGAAUUGAAUUGAAUUGAAUUGAAUCAGCCAAGUACACUUGCAGUACUAUAAACAAAGCAUUGUUCUUUACAUUACAUGGAUAAAUGAGCGAACAAGCCAUGUUAGAAACGAAGUACCCAGAUCAAUUGAAUAAUCGCGGUAGCAUACAAUGAUAAACGAUAGAGUUGAAUAAACUGACAGAAAUAACUAAUGACUACAAGAAAAUAUCAACUGGACAAGUUUACUAGUCAGUUGUUGACAAAUGGUGAUUGUUUUUUCUUUUAAUGAUUUUUGUAUGUACCCUUUUAGAUAUCUUAUGCCAUUUGAACACCAUAUUAGAACUGAAAACAAACUUGGUAAGCUUUCUGUUCAUUUAAUUAUUUGUAUUUUAAGCCUUUUGAUCUCAAAUGCCGCUUUUUAAUCUUUCUGCUGAUGUAAUUUAAGUAACCUCUGAAAGUACUACUUCAUCAAUAAAAUGUACCCUUUACGGCACCCGUAGCUAUAGUUGUUUACGCCCUUCUUGGUUACACCCUCUGAAAGUACUACUUCAUCAAUAAAAUGUACCUUUACGACACCCGUAGCUAUAGUUGUUUACGCCCUUCUUCGUUACACCAGCUUCUCCAGGGGGGUAAACAAACCAACUACGCGACUGACAUGACAAGCUACGCGAGUUAACGACUUCGUAGAUGUUAAAAGCCAUGCCAGAGAGAAACCUCUUCUUGCGGGGUAGGGUACCGAUCACGAAAUGGACAAAGAUGUGACAAAACAGUGACAUUAAACAUUACUAAUGUAUAUUACAUCACAUCAGGAGCCGAUCACAUCUAACAAGUUUGAGUGUUUACUUUUUGUUGUUUAUUCGUUUGUUGUUUUUCUAAGACACACACUUUGUACUGGAAGAUGUUACUACCAUCUUGCCCUCCAAACAAACAGACCAUGGAACAAGCAUCAAACGGAGACGAACUGUGAGCUCUUCAACCGCAGAUGAAGGUAAUACGUAACCUCACUUGAUCCCAGGGUCGCUCUUUAAGUCGGGAUAGCCCUGGGAAAGAGUGCUGCUGCAGCGGGAUGAGAGGGAAAUUUUGUUUUUCAGUAAUGUACAGGUGACCCAAGCUUGAGCUAUGACCAUCGGCAUCGUAGCGUAACCUUCGAAAUGUAAGGAUCUGUAUGGGGGGCGGGGAAACGAUUAUUUCUGUAACCUAUGAAUGUGAUAUGGGCUAACCUCACUUAAGUUGUGUGGUCCCGAGCCUAUAUAUGGCCAUUUAAUGGGCAUUAUUAUUCAUUCAAAAUAUUUCCCCAAUUCUGAUUGGCUAAAAGCACACGCAUAAUUCACCAUAAUCGGUUUUGGAAGAAUUUUGUGUUUAACGAGGAAAUGACGUCAAAAAUGCAGCCUUCUACAGGUUAAGGCACCGUUAGCCGAGAAGACCUGGGGACGAGAUUGAGUUGUUUUCGUUGUAAACACUAAAAUGACGGACACUUCCUUCGUUUCAAGAGUAAGAACUACAGCUGGAACCAGGCGAAAUAAUGGCUAAAAAUAUAGCAAAAACAGCAAGAAGACAACUCCUCGCUCUCCAUAAUUCUUCAUAAGAUACUCAGCCUCAUUCAACAAUUGUUAAUUAUUGAAACCCGUUAUAGGCGUUUGUUCUCUCUAACUGAGGUUAGCUGUCUUUUUAUUUAAAUCCUUUCACAUUAGUAGGUAACAGAAACAAUCGUUUUUCCCAGGAGCCCAUCAAAUGGAGCCUCCAUCUCCCAUACGAGCCCUUGGAGUCAACCCUUUCCCGAGUAGAUUUAUAAUUAGAACGGUUCCCAGGGGAGACUUCGCGCGCCGACGGUGGGAAGAGCCAAUCACAACGACGAAAUGACACUGCUAUUGUACUUCAUCAAACAGCAGGAAAUUCGGUGUUGACAGGCCAAACAAUCAUAAGCUAGUGAAACGUGACUUAAGCGUUUUCAUCCCUCGGAGAUUUUCUUUUUUUUCUUUCUAGCGGGUAGAUUAUACUGUGGACAGUUUUAAACUCUGACCAUGUAAACUUAAUUUUGGUUGCUUGUCUCACAUUAAGAGGCCAUGAAGCUGCUCUGUUACAUGCAUAAUAAUUAACUGCUAUCCGGCUGCAGUCUGUAGUUCUGACAGGGUUCGUUUUCUUCCGCCAAUUUUUUUUAAAAGUGUUAAGGUUCUUAUGUCGGCUAAAUGACUCAAUAUUAAUCAAUUUUCUGGUUUUUCAAGGUUUUUUUUUUCCGAAAUGCGUUUAUCUGAAUAAAUACUUGUAGCCCUUGUGGUUGUUUUGUCCGUCAGCUAGUGUGAUAAUUCCCUGCUAUGUUUUGUAACCCCGGGCCCAGACAUUGUUUUCUCGCAAAAAGUGAUCUACAGAUGCGAAUUCGAAGGAAAGAAUUGAGCCUAAACUCCUACAUUAACUGCUGAGAAUUGUCCUGUUAGUCGGUCAUAAUUCUUUUGGCGCAGAUACAAUCCAUUUUGUUUUUCUUGAGAUAAGUGGGUCUUUGGCCUUGAGCAGCGCGAUGUCACAAAUUCCUCCGUUAGCAAAUUACUUUUGAGUUAGCUUCACGGUCGAGCAACUGUUGUCUUCUGUUCAACUUUUCAAGUGCCAGUUUUAUCAGGCAACUCUCAUGGUGAUACAAGUCAGUUGUAAAGGAGACUGCAAUUUCUCAAGUUUCGGAACUGAAGCAUUCCUCGUUAGUUGCUACUUAGGUCAUCGCUUUUGCACGCGGUGCGUAACUAGCGAAAUCCACUCCACGGUGAUGACAAAAAUCAAAUGAUCCUGGCGCUUUUUCGGCGCUGAUCAUCGAAAAGUUCCAAAUCGUCCACAGAACGCUUAAUCGUCGACUCUUUUCUAGGUGCAUGCUUAAAUGUGGGAUGUAUGGCGUCAAAAAAAAAAAGAAAUACUCGCAAAGAUAACCUUUCCGUGAUCCUCAGUUCGCUGCCUUUGUCCCAUCGCUUGGUGCUCAGUCUUAGGCGGGUAAUUCAUUAACUUUUAUUUCAUGAUACCCAGAUCCCAGCGGCUGUAAAAAUUAAAAAUGGACGUAUAGUAAAAAAGGAAAACGGUCGAAGGAUGGGCUUCUGAGUUCGACUUCAUCCAAUUUUAUUUUUCACCGUGACAUACGAGACUUACGGAAAUAUGACACUUUUCGCGGGAAACAAGCCGUUCUAUUUACAAAUCUACUCGGGAAAGGGUUGACUCAAGAAAUUAAUGGAGAAGGAGGCUCCAUUUGAUGGGCUCCUGUUUUUCCCCAUUUCGAAGAUUACGCAACAAUGCCGAUAAUCGUAUUUCGAGCUUGGGCUUCCUGUGGGUAAUGUCACGUUAAUGGGGUUAGUGCAUCAUUUAACUUCGGUUUCCUACAGUCCGUGUAACGAUUGAACAUGUUGAAAUUGACAACUUUGUUACUCUUUUAGUAAGAAAGGGUAUUACUGUCAUCACGUUCAUGUUCCUUAGCAGUAAUUAUAGCAUGAAUACUUUGCUGGGUUAAGAUAACUCAGGGUUAGUACAAAGUUUGAACUCAAAUAUGAGAGCUUAAAAAGUAAAUUCAGUUUAAAUCACUUUUCCUUUCACGUUGAUGAUUGGAUGCUCUAAAAAGAAUAGAGAGAAUCAUUCGAGAGAAAGCUUUUGAUUAAAAGAAGAAGAAACGCGGGUUAAAAUUUAACCCCCGGUUAGCGCUAACCGGCGUUCGAACAACUGGGCCCAGUUGUUCGAUCGAUGGAGUAAGGACUGAUAGGUACCUUAAUCGCCACACACAAAACAAGACUGAUGUAUUCAGACGUAAGUUGCCAGAGACUCCUUACUAAAGGCAUCAUUAUUUGUCCUUAGCGGAGCAGACAGUACCAGGAACACCUGGUCCCAGUCCCCAAGACAGCAGCGCGGAUCAUAUGGAUAACAGCAUUACUAACUCAUCUCAACAGCAUAAUGGUAGGUACUUCCGCCCGCCUGCCCGCGGAAAAACCUUGAUAGAUAGCGCCGUAUUCUGGGUGUCUCUUGGUGUGGCGGAAACUAUUGUUGAUUUGCUAUUGUCAUAGUGUGGGUGUUGUUCGGUGUCUUUUCGACAGGGGGGGACUCUGCAUAUGAAAGGGGUGGGGAUGCUCGUCGUCUCGCUUAAAGGUGUAAAUUUCGGAUUUUGGCCUCACUUGGGGUGUUCUGGGCAAAACGCCAUAAUAUUUAGCUUUAGGGUUGCACGCGAAAAAAUAUAAAAAAUAUAUUGUCUGUGUCUUAACAUGGUCUCCUUUAGGGUCAAAAAAAGGUUGGGCCACGCCCAGAUCGGUCUCCUUUAGGGAUUUAAUUCAAAAUUUCCGACGAGCAUCCCCACCCCUUUCAUAUGCGGAGCCCCCUCCCCGGGCUUUUCCAUUCUUUGUAUUUAAUUACGUCACACUGGUGAUUUCACCCGUCCGACACCAACACCAACAAACUACCCGCAUUCUCUUCACAACGCCUUGAUCUUAUUAGCGCAUAUUGCAUUAGUGUUUCCUGGACAGAAGGGCAAAUUAGCAAUAGAAAAACACUGAGUUCCACUAAUGAAGAAGCUUUAGCAAAAUAUUUCGUGUCCUAAGAUACUUUCGGAUUGGAUGAACUGUGCACAUGUCAAGAAAACUUAUUAAGCUCCGAUAAAAAGUCGCUUGUUAAAAAAUACUGUUUAAUUAGGAUGUAACUUUUGGUAGUACAAGGACAGCUCCCUUUCGUUAAUUCGCUUAUCGAAUUUAUGUUUUCUGGUUUAGUGAAAUUGUAAAACUAGACGACGUAGUGUAUCGCUGUUUAUAGUUUUUGAAAAUGAUUUUUCUCUUUUUGUUUUUCUUUAAGCGGUUUUCAGAGGAACUGACCAGGUACCGAGCUCAAACCCAGACUCUCCUCACCAGUCGUUAGGAGGAUGUUCAUUCGAUAGUGAUGGUGAGUUCAGUCAUGUCAGCAAGGAGACAGCAGCCUUUUUUGUUGUACCUUCUAGGCAUUGUAAAACUUAAUUUCGUUGUCUCCUUUGUAGAAAGCGACGACGACAGCACAUCGUCCGCUUGUGAUGAAGCGGAGAAGGGACUUCAGCAACUGGAAAGACUGCUAUUAUCACUUGAGCCUUCUCUCUACUACUCAGAUGGUUAGUAUUGUAGAGUUACUUUACCCCACCCCCCUUAGAAGAAAAGUCUUGGUAGGCAAUAGAGCCUCUCCUCUCCUCCAGGCCUUCGCGGUUUCUCAAACCUUGAAAAAAGUUUCGGUCCCGGAUAACUAUUAAAAGUGCACAAAGUUCAUAGUAGAUGUGAUUUUUUAAUAAAUUUCAAAUGCGAAAACUUUACAAGGUCGAGAAGUAUGUUGGCUUGCUUUGAGCAAAAACGCCCAAGGAUCGUUAAAAAAUGGAUAUGAAAAAAAGCCUUUUCUGGGCCUGAAAACUCUUCGGGAGCUUUUACAAAUGCACUCCAGAAAAGUUAUACAUCUCACCCUCACAGAAAAAUUACUGUGCCCCUCGUAACUUUGCGCCAGUAAACGAAAGUAAAGUGCAUUCGAUUACGCCAAAAAUGUUUUGGGGAAAUUACGGGACACGAAGCCAUCUUUAUAGAUUUUCCAUUGACCCUAGUAAACAAUAUGGAAAAUAUUGCGGCAUUUUCAACAUUGCAAUCUAUUUCUGUUAUAGUGAUCCUUGUCAAUAAAACGCAUGCUAGACUAGAGUAGAUUUUUGACGUUUGUUCCUCUUUGUUUUGUGUCCCCGUAUGAAAUUAUAUAUUUUAAACUGUUUGGAGAAUUUAAUCAGUCUUCUUCUUUUUUCUAGAUGGAGGUCACCUGGUCAAAAACAGGUAAACUGAAUAUGUCACUUCAUCCAGCAAGCGACCGCUGAAUAAAUUGCAUUUCGUGUCUGUUCUGGUUUAAGUGUCUGAAGUUUUAGUCAUUUUUGUCUGAAAUCUGAACUUUUCAGAGAACAGCAAGGUGAAAAGUCGUUGCCAAAAACACUAAAUAAGAUGUCCACAAUAGAAGAAGUAGACGUCAAGAAAACACUAGAUGAAAUUGCUAAAAUAGAAGGUAAUGUAUGCUUCUUUCGUGGCCUUUUUUUAAACUUUUCACUGAAAAACAUGUAGUCUGAUCAAUCAUUCAACAAAAAACAGCCCAGCUUACUAGCUAUUAGACCCAAGUUACUGAAGUCCUUCGCGUCCAGACUCUUCAGUUCAGGAUUGUUUGCGACCUUCGACUUGCCACCAAGUUUAACUGUGAGCCAACCUCCUUUAAUAGUCCAGUUUCGAAUUCGUCGCGACCGCUGAAUAGGAGCACUGAAGACUCGUAUAUACGGGGUUAGCCUCGACCUAAGGUCAAUAUAUUCACAAAUUCCAGUCAGAAGAAGACCUGUGUACAACUGUGUCUUUUGUUUUUACUGCUCAAAUUCAGCCACCUUCUCACCGGUAUUUUUGAAUCAGUUUUACCUUAGGUCGAGGCUAACCUUUUCGCGCUUUCAUUUAGCGGCCACGACGAAUUCAAAACCGGACUAUUGACAAGACGAUCAUGGCAUUCGACAUACCCGUUUCAAAUGAAAAAAUUAUCAGGCAAAACGUAUUAAAUGAAGACCAGCUGAACAUCCUCUCCAAACAAUCGUAUUCCCAGACCUGUAUUAAACUAAAUCAUAGAUCUCUGGCGACGAAGUCAUGAGGCAAGAGCCUGAGCAAGACACUGAUUUUUAAUACAGUAAAAACCCGCGGCUAAGAACCUGUUAGGCCGUAAAAUUUGACAGUUAGGCUCCCUCUAUACAACAUCCUGUUUAGCCUAGAAUUUGAAACAGGUUCUUAUUUUCUAAAAUCUAUAUUAUAAAAAAAAAUUCGGUACAAUUGGACAAAUAAGGUAAGCCAACAUUUAGGAUCCUCUUGGGAAACAUAAGCGGCUUAUCACUCCAACUGCAAUGUAAUGGUAUGCAGAUUUUAUAUAUAAGGAAUAAUCCGAAUACUAAUACCACUAAAUGGUUUCCUUUUAGCUGCAAUGUAUUUUUUCUUCAGAGAAUUGGAACCCAUUUAAGAACCUAAAUAGACUAAAUUUUUGCUAAUUACAAUUUAUGUAAUAACCUGUUUGGUGAACUUGGGAAAAUGUAGAUUUUUAGUUGCGGGUUUUUACUGUAUCACUCCUCUGGGAAAUAUUACGCGGGUUUCAGUAGUGUUCUUUACAGGCCGCGGUGCAUUACUUUGAACGGUUGUGUAGCAGACUAAGAUGUUACUUAUACUAGCCAAACAAAGACUUGGAAGUUAUAAUAUAAGUUGAAUAGUUUUUAACAGACAAGGAAACACUCCAGCUCUUUACCCAAAACAGUUGAAAUGAGUGCACGCGUAUACCCAUAUCUUGUUAAGUCUAUAAUCGACCUUUAGCGUCGGUGUGUUUGUGAUCUUUUUCAUGACUGUUUUAUCUCUUUUCUAGGGGCCAUAGCUGAUCUGAAUUCAUUUGUAUCAUUAGAAAUGGAGCAAUUAUAA